UAUAAUUGAUUGGGGAUCAACCCGGCCCGCAGAUCAUCACAAUUUCAGCCAUAAUCAGCCCGGCUGGACGAUCAUUUUAAAUCACAAUCAACUUUAACCAUUCUAAUUGUGAUUUUAGUAGCGACAGAAGAUUAGAAUAAGAUGGAAGGAUCACCAACCAAGUCAGACCCCGAGGGAAUAUCUGGUGCUCGAAACGAGGCCGCUCUCCUGACUUUGAUGGAGCGUACCGGCUACCACAUCGUUCAGGAGAAUGGGCAGCGGAAAUAUGGGGGACCUCCCCCGGGCUGGGAAGGCGCGCAGCCAAGCCGAGGUUGCGAGGUCUUCGUCGGAAAGAUCCCUCGAGAUUUAUUCGAAGAUGAGCUUGUUCCCGUCUUCAUGAAAAUUGGGAAAAUCUACGAAUUACGUUUGAUGAUGGACUUUAGCGGCAGCAAUCGUGGCUAUGCUUUUGUGAUGUACACCACCCGGGAAGACGGAAAGAAAGCUGUGAAACAGCUCAAUAAUUAUGAGAUCAGAAAGGGGCGAUAUCUGGGAGUUUGCCCAUCCGUCGAUAAUUGCCGGCUCUUCGUUGGCGGCAUCCCAAAGAACAAGAAGCAAGAAGAAAUCCUUGCCGAGAUGGCCAAAGUGACAGAGCAAGUCGUCGACGUGAUCGUCUACCCAUCCAUCAAUGACAAGGCCAAAAAUCGUGGAUUUGCCUUCGUUGAAUACGAGAAUCACCGGGCGGCUGCCAUGGCGAGACGCAAGCUCAUCCCAGGUCGUAUCCAGCUUUGGGGUCAUCAGAUUAUGGUUGACUGGGCCGAACCGGAGCAAGAUGUUGAUGAAGAUGUGAUGAGAGGGGUCAAGAUCUUAUACGUGAGAAACCUUAUGCUGCACACCACAGAGGAGACCAUUGCCAAAGAGUUCAAUGCGUUCAAGGAAGGCAGUGUGGAGAGGGUUAAGAAGCUCAGAGACUUCGCCUUCAUUCAUUUCUUCACCAGAGAAGAUGCUCUCAAUGCCAUGAAUGCAAUGGACGAUGCCUUACUGGAUGGUGCUAAGAUUGAGGUCGUUCUAGCCAAGCCUGUAGACAAGGGCAACUACGUCCGGUACACACGUGGAGCAGGGCGGGGCUACGUCCAGCAAGGUCUCUAUGGUUACGAGCAGCAGCAACAGCAGCAAUCAAGCCCCUCCUACUACCCAGGCUACAGUAAUCCAACUGGAAUGCCACCAAUGAUGGGAAUGGGCGGUAGAGGCGGCGGUAUGAUGCAACGCUCACCGAUCCGUGGCGGUACCAGAGGUCGUGGUGGCGCCGGUGGUAUGCGUGGUGCCGGUGGAACCAGAAGCUACGGAAUGGGGCGAGGAUACAACCGAUACGACAGGAAACCUCAGGAGCCCCGCCUGUUCGACCUCCUACCCGGAAUGGAAUUGACCCCAACCAACCCAGUAACUCUUAAACCAGAGAAAAAUAACAUUCAGGUCCUGGAGGAGCUGUGCAAUAAGAACCAGUGGGGCCCACCCAGUUUCACCCUCCUCUCUCAUCGUACCAACAGUGAUGUCCAGCUCUUCAUCUAUAAGGUGACUGUUCCAGGUCUAUCAGCCAACUAUCCCGAUGGCCUCACGCCCCAGAAGCUUUGCCAGACCCCGGACCAGGCCAAGAACUUUGCAGCCGAGUGCCUGCUGGCUUCCCUCGGGGUUCCAGUCGAUGGUGACGAGAGCCAAUCAGACAGUCCUGUGCAGGGAAGCCCCUCCCAUUCACCCUCUCCAUACCCCGCCUCCAUCCAUCACCAUCAUCAAAUUGGCUCACAUCAUAGCUCUUACCCAUCUAGCUCUGUUGUAGUUAGUGCAGGUGGUGAUGCCCACAACAGCUCCUCCCCUCACCCCUACCAGUCAGGCUACCACCAACAGGGAGGUUACACUCACGGAGCAGGGGACAUCUACCAGGUCUACCAAGGAUGAGGGACCAAACCACGCUGCUAAUUCAUCCCCCUGACGUACUACUACGCACCUGACUAUCCCUAUAUCUUUUCCAAUUUUUUUCGAUCGACUGAUGUUUCGUGAUUUCUCGAUAUUUUCCUUUAUGUUGUUGUGUGUUGUAUAAUCUUUCUCAUAGAUAUUUCAAGAUAAAUCUUUUGUGUUUAGAUAUUGAGUUUACGAUUUAUAUAUCAAAAGUUUGAGUUUUAGCUAUUUUCAUUAAAUUUUUGUGUUUAGAUAGAGUUUAUGAUUUUUAUCAACUUAAUGAUUUUUUUUUCUUCAAACAAGUUUCAUUUACAACUCACAUUGCCUAGGCAAAAAGUCUUUGAACAUAAGCAUGAAAAAGGGCAAAAACUAAACAUUUACAUUCAGCAAUAUGGGGGAGAAAUCUUCUGACUAGUUUUGUUCGGAAUAUUGCCCAUACCUAAAAAAAAAUUGGUUUCUAAACCAACACCUUGUUUCCGUAAACCUGCUUUAGUACACACUAUUAGCAGUCUUAUUAUAACUAAAAAAAGGUGUUUAUAUCUUUACUAUUUUGAGAAUGAUCAGACAUUCUAUUGCCAUGAGUGACAUUCCUACAGUGACAUUUUUCUUUUUUUGUGAUAUUGUACAAAAAUAUCAGAUAAAAUGCUUUUUGUGAUAAUCUGUCUUUCUGAGUUGUCUUUCAAGCUGUUUAGAGAAAUCUGUGUCUUUCAAAAUGACAGAUAUUUGUUCAGAUUGUUUCUAUAUAACCCGAGCUUCUUCGAGUUAGAAGUGUGUUCCCCUUUCCCAAAAUAUCCCCUUGUGAGUCAGCGUGAAGUGAAAGUUUAUAGGUUAAAGACCCAUGAAAAAGGAUAAGUUUAGGUUUUUAAAUAUAUCGCACAUGUGUACUUUUGCCUGCUAAAGCACAACAAGUCACAACAUUGUCUAUUUGACAAUAGGAGCUGUUACAUCUAUAGUUAUGCACAACUUAGAUUGGUUUAAAAGCAGUUGUUUUCUUUUUAUCGCAUUUGCGCCCUUUUGCCUCCUUUUGCCGAACACAAUCAAGCGGGUCAUGGCAAUUUGUUUAAGACGGUUAAACUAAAAUACUCUUUUGCUAAAAUUGAUUGAAGAAAAGCCAAGUUUUGUUUUGUUUUGUCCAUUUAAACAGAAAAUUAUAUAUUGUUUAACAUUUCAUCGAUGAUAAAAUAGGUUAUUCAUCUGAGAUCACCUUCUGGACAUUUGCUUGCAAUUAUAUUUUCAUCAUUUGCUUUAUGUAUUUAGACUUCAGAUCAUGAUGUAUGCAGAUGAAAGCCUUAACUAAAUAUCUUCUAUUUGCUUAUUUUCAUGAAAUUCAUUAAGCAUAAAACUGCGAGAACACUUGAAAAGCCCAUGAUAACACAUUUAUCUUGUUUCAGUUGAAUAAGUUGCACUUGGAUAAAGCAGGUUAGAGAAAGAAUGAACUAAAAAAAAGAGAUGUGUAAAAAGAGUUAUUUUUGGUGUUAUUUAAUAAACAUAUCUAUGCACUGUUUGAUUCACCCUAUUUUUCUCUAUUUAACAAAAACCAAUUGAAAAUGUUUCCAAAACUGAAAAACAAUCCCAACUCUCACCAAUUUGGGAGUUUUUACCUGUUUAAUAGUACAGUUCUGUGUUGAUUUUUAAAAGUUAUAAAGCAUCAAUGAGGUGAAUUUCACAAGUUUUAUUGCGGUUUUAAUCAGAGAGCAAUUUCAAGUGUUCGUGUUUUAUCUGGAAAUUCAGCAGCUAAGGUUUUAUCAUCAUGUAGAUAUAGUUCCGAUGUACUUUUAAUGUAGUCCUAAGUCAUUGUAUCAUUACUUUAAUUCUUCUUUCAUUCUACUUAAGUCAGUUUUCAAUUUGUUGAACGAAUUGAACAACUUAGAUUUUAAAGAAAAUUCAUUGAUGUACAUAUAUCGCACUCAUUGUCAUCUAUAUUAAUAUUCCAGUGUUUUGCUCAUAGCCCAAAUUUAUUGAUAGAUCUUUCACAGCAUAAUUCUGUGUUUUUGAAGUUGAAUCAUUAAAUAUCCAGUUUAAGUCGCAAGUAAACCAUUUGACCCUGGCGCUAAUAAAAAUCAUUCCCUGGAGAUACUUUAGAAAAAUUGAAAGUAUUUUAAAGUUUUGUUGUUGUUUACUCUUGCCUUUCGUAAAGACAGAAGAAAUUUGACAAAAUUUAGGAUGAAUUAAGUGUCAAUUAAAAUUAAUCUAAGGUUAAAAAGUUUGGUAUGAAUUUUCAAGACCCAAUAUUAAAGUAAUAGCAGAAUCUAUUUAUUCAUGUUAUUAAGUGCCUUUAAUGAAAUAUACGUGCCAUAUCAUAUGAGGAGGAUAAAACGGACUGUGAUACUGCCUUAUUGAAUGAAACAAUUAAACAAUCUGUUUAAAACUUUGUAUUAAUUAGCCAAAUAUCCAGAGCAGAGUUGAGAAAAGACCAUUUCUUGUUUUUGUUUAUGGUACUUCAAAAUGACAACAGAUUGAGUUUAUCAAACAAUGGUUUGGUGUUUUCCCAUGUAACUCUGGUAGCACUAGUGUGUCUAUGCGUAACGGGUUUGAUAUUUGCCAAAAAUGUACACUGUGUGUGUUUGAUACAGUACUCGCCACAACUCUCCAUCAACUUAGGAGUAAAGAUGCCUCUGUAUGCCCUUUUGUAUUCAAGUUGGACAGUUUUUGUAUUCAGAUUUGAAAUCGGCUUUGGGCUGCCAAAGUAUGCUCGGCAUUAUUUGAAAACCUAUUUCAGAAGAGAUCUAAAUUAGCACCGGACAGUUCAUUAUUAUGCAACGUCCAUUCGAGGAGGUUUUAUGUAGUGUGUUGGAUAUAGAUUUCUUUAAACAUUGGCAUGCCGUCCCUGUGUAUUGCAAUUAAGAAUUUUAUUUCAGGUUUUGCAAUAUCUCCUUGACUUGAGUUUGAACAGAAAAGAAUUUGUUAUAUGUUUACAAUCUGAUGUGGGAUGUUCUGAUGCAUAAUGAAGAGAAAGCUAGUUUGCAGACAGAAAGAAAAAACUACAAAUCCCUGCUACAUGGUUUUAGAUACCCUAUCUGGCAAAUACCUAACUCAAAUCAUUAUGUUGACAGCUAAAAAAAGCCAUUAUUUUGAUGUGGUAGUUAAUGCCAUUUUCACUAUCAGCAGAUAAGUAAUACCUUCCUGUUGCAGCCCUUUAAUAUUGUUCAAAUGUGAUGAAUUCAGCCCAAAAUUAAUAAAGUCUAUUUGUUUAUAACCCAUUGACUUCCUCUAUUAAAGAAAGUGAUUAUUUUUUUCGGCAACAGAACAAUUUUUAGGUCAAAGUUGAAUUCCCUUAUCAAUUAAUUCCAUGUAAUGUAGGACUUUAAAACUUUUGAAUGUAAAGUAAAACAAAAAAAAAUCACCAGUUUGCAAACUAUUCAUCGUAGAAAUUUAUGUGUUAUAUUCCAUCAUUUUCAUCAUUUUAGGAAAAUUAAUUUGUGCAUUUUUGUGUAGCCUGCAGUGCCCGCACGUGGACAUGUAUUAUGUUAAGUAUAUAUCUUACUUUAAGGUUGUAUUUUAAGAAAAAAGAGCUUAUAUAUGUGUAUAUUUACAGAGAAGUUUUAAACACACAAUGUUCUAUAAAUCCCUGGUCUUCAUUUGCAAUGACACAAUCCGUUGAUGAUGAUGUUGCGUAUGUUCUCUUUCAUUUUGCCGUGUUCUGAAAAUUGAUGUAAAUUUUGGCUAAGAUUUUUCUUAAGAACUGUCCAAGACCAGGGACUUAUAACACAGUAUAGGCCUAUAACUGGUCGUAUUGUCAAAAGAAAUAUUGUUUAUUUUUUUCAUAUGGUUCUAAGAACCGUUUUUAUAUGUUUUAUUUUAUACCGUUGCACGAAUCCCACCUACAUGCGUCACCCGAAAGACGACAGAAAAAUGAGAGAAUAUUUCUCAGGUUCUAUUUUUGUACUUUUUGUACAGCAAUUUUAGCCAGAGUUAAAACAAAAUCAGAAUUUAAAAAUAAUCACUAGCUGGUAAUAAAAAGCCAUGGAAAUUUUCAUAGCAUUCAAUGCAUUAUAGCUAGUUACCCAAUCAAAAUUCACUGCACAAAACAGACAAUUCUAAAUAGCCUCAAAGGCUUUGAGUGGAGAGCCGUGAUUGGUCGUUUGUAGUUGGACAGGUUAUGGCUUAGCCAAUCGAAUUGCUUGUGAGAUGCUAGUAGCUGUGUAGCCACCAAGUGAGUAAAGGUGGACCGUGAUUGGCUGAUUGCCAGAGUUAGACCCACCAAUCCCAAAGCUUGUCUUACAUUCCAUGAAAAGCUGCCAAGGCUGAAAGGUGCUUUCUGAUUGGCUGUGUCCGAGAGGAGUUUUCCAUUCUUUGCACACGGCACUAAAAGAGUAUCCUCUCUCUCUAUAUGCCACAAAGUAUUAUUUUCCAUUGCAAUGCAAUAUCUACUUGGAGCUAUGUACUAUGGUAGCCUCAAUGUAAACAGAAUAUGCAGGAAAAGUGGAAAGAAAAGUUGCUUUUUGAUGAUCAGAAUAUUGCAUGAAAAUCAGAGAGUAGUUAUUAUGAACCUAAGAUCAAAAACAGCUAAACAUACCAAAGAAUUUUACAAGUGCCAGUUGACCGAAAGGCAUUUUAUCUUUCGUUUUUUUUAAUAUGUCACAAGAAUAUGUAUUUUUGAGUGUAAUGUUUUUUUUCUAUAAUGUGCACAGAGUUUCAAGAAUCGCAAAAAGGACAUUAUUUUCUUUCCAUCUUACUCGUAUGGGUUUCAAUAGUACAUGUAUCCAGAGUUUUAUCAAUUGAAUGAUGUUUUAGAUAUUUUUUAAAGAAAGGAGAGGGAUGUAACUCACUCCCAUUUUUAAGUAUUCUUCGAAUAGUUGGUUCCAUAUAAAAGAAUAAAAGCAGAAAAACAAUUUCAAAAUGUUUCUUGAAACUCUGUGCAUUAUACACCAAAGUAUACUUCUAUUCCAUAAAGUGCAUACACAAAACUGUUUUAAAUUUGAAACAUAUUUACCCAGCUUGUAAGUUAACAGUAAUUUCUAAGCCUUACUUUAAGUGAAAGUAUCAUAUUUAAGAAUUUUUAAGAACAAUGUAUACUGUUGAAAAUUGUGUGUUAAUUCUUCGUAGAUUUAAGAUUUUUACUUCAUCAUAAGUGUUUUAAUUCCAUUUCUUCGAAAAUAUUGUAUAAUCGUUGUUUGUUUAAAGGGAAUUUUCAAACAAUUUUUAGCAUAUUUUUAUUUUUUGUUGAAUCUUAUUGCUCAUUGCUUCGUAGUUACAUGAUUCAUUGUCAUUCUAUCAUCUUUGAAAUUAAAGAAAAAAUGCAACUCAAAAACAA